GAGCAGGCGAGCGAGGACGAGGACGGGAGAUGGACGCGGACUGAAACCGGUGAGGAACUCGUGCAAGAAUCCUAGGGAUUGCGAAAUCCUCGGGAUGCAUAUGCGGAUUCUCACGGGGACCUUGUAUUUGGCGUUGGAGCCGACGGAGUGGCAUUGCUAGCCAAGCGUCCUUCGGAAAGCCGUCAUACGACCCCGUCUCGCCUCUCCAGGAACUGGGCUGACUGAGGUUAGCCGAUUCUUCGAGGUACAAAUGGCUGGACUCUCCCCACCAGGGUCAAAUGAAAACUCCCUUUCGCCAACUAACUAGAACUCUAUGAAAUGUCUGACAUAAUGCUGCUUUGCUACCCUCUGGGCUUUUGGCAUUGGGAAAUUGUGUUGCAAGGUACCACUCCUGGCAAAUGCAGAGGAGACAACAUGCCUGUCAUGCAGGAAAUCCUUUUCCAGCAGCAUUUCUUCAGAGGUACUAAAUCACAUUCCACCCCAUUCCACCUCAAUUAUGCUGACAAGAAACGGAAGUGCAAUGUGAUGUGUCAGAAGUUCAUCACAUGCCCUUACCCAUGGAAACUAUUGAAAAACAUAUCUUCAAUGAAAGAUAUCAUACUGGUAUUGGAGGAGAAUGAAGCUCAUGUUACUUUUGGUAGUCAUGGGUUUAAUUCCUUUCCCUGUGAGAAGCCAAGUGAAAUGCACUGAAAAGCAGUGUAAUGGAAGCGAUAUCAAUCGCAAAAUGGACUUUCUAGGAGUGCAUGGGGAUUAUUCACUAACUGUGAAUAAAACCAGGAUCAUCAUUUCAGUGAAUGUUCCCUUCAGGGAUAUAAAGUGGGAACAUCCAAUUGCUAUCAAUUGCAAUUGGAGUGCCCUUGUGGAAGGACCACAAGAAAAAAAUUUUAAAAUCAAGGUUGAAUUCUCCAGCAAUAGCACCAAUAUCAGUGCUCAGAUCACCACUUAUGUGGGAGAGGAGAUAACGGACUUGUUCAACUGGGUCUUCCCCCGGAACCCAAGACUUGAGUAUCGUGGCUGCCCCCCAUCUCCUGGCAAUCAAACCCCACCAGAUGAGGAGGAGGGUGAGAAUGGUGGGUACUAUCCUGAUGGGUCUGGAGAUCCUGGUUCCAAUCCUGAAGGUGAUGACCAUGGGGAUGGUGAGUCACCCCUGUAG